AUGGAAAUAAAACUGAACAUAUUAUUUAAUGAAGUUUUGCUAAUGCGAACGGAUGAACAUGGAAUAGAAAAUCAUGACAAAGUGUUUAUCGACAAAUGGCAAAAUAUUUUAUGUGUGCAAUGCAUGAAUAAAAUAUUUUUUAAGAAAUCUCCUUUAUAUAAAAAAUAUAUGCUAUUUAAAAGCGUGAAUGAAAUAUACUCCAUAAAGAACUGUCAAGACUUUCGAUACCAUUUUUCUUUUUUCCUACUUGAUCACACCUUGUUUUUAUCAAAUACAUUUAGUUAUUUAGAAGGAGCAUCCAAAAGUGGUAAUGAUGCUGUAAAUGGAGUAAAUACAAAGGAUCUUGGAAAAAGUUUUGACAGAGCCUUUGGUUGGAAGAGUUCAAGGUGUCUUGAUAAAAUCAGUGACAUGGACAGUGACACAGAGAACAAUAAAAUUCGUGGUGAAAUCAAUGAUAAAAAGCAUAAGAGGAAUCUUUAUCCGGAUAGUAAAAGAGUGCGUGAUAGGAAACACAGGACGAGUGGAAAUGUGGAGAAACGUGCGAAUAUUAACAUGGAAGAUGAUAAUAAGAAGGAUUGUUAUGCAGAUGCAGUAAACAAUGAAUUAAUUACCUUAGCAACAAAUGCAUGCAAAGAAUUUUUAAGCACUUGUUCUGAAGAUUUGCGUAAUGUUUUUAGAGACGCAAUUUAUACAUGCGUGCUUGUUAGGCUAAAAAAAUUUUCUACUAAUAAGAAAAAGUAUUUUUUCAUUUUUAAAUUAUUAAAAAAUUUAAUGGAUGAUGUAGAAAUUAUACAUAGUACAUUGAAGAAGGAGUCAGCAUUUAUUGAAGAAUUUAUGAAAUUAUUUGUAGAAAAUUAUGCAAUAUCUGAUAAUUUAAAAAAUGGAACAGAAAAAAAAAAUUUAAUUCCAGAUUCGGAUAAAUGUUUAAAUCGGCCAAAGCAAUGCAACAGUAGUAGUAAUGGUGAUUACAACCGUAAUAACUGCAACGAAGUGCUGCUCACACUCCAAAUAAUUUUUAAACUGUGGUGUGACAAUUCGCUAUGGCAAAUUGAUAAAGAAUUGUUGAAGAGUUUUUUUACAAAUCUUAUUAUAAAUUUCAAGUGCACUAGCAAAAACACGCAGCUGUGCAAUUACUACAUUGAAUUUAUUUAUAUAAUUACGAAAAAUUACAAUGACAUAAUAUAUUUUUUUAACACAAUCAUUUUUGGUACACAAAAGGAUGUGCAAAAUCAGUUGGUGAAACACACAGAAAAUAAUCGAAAAGUCCCUCUCGACUCCUCCUCUCCGCAUUGUAGAAAUUUUUCUUUUAACUCCCUCGAACAUUCACACUCAGGCAAACGCAGUAGCAGCGAUCCAUAUAUUAGCAACAACCGAGAUAGCCAGAGAAGCAGCAACAUUAGCGGAGGCAAUAGCAGACGCAGCAGUGAUAAUAGCAGAAUCGGCACUGGCAAUAGUAGAAUCCGCAGAGGUAAUAGAAGAAGCAGCAGUGGUAAUAGCAGAAGGGGUAGCAAAAAUAGCACACACAAGAAUAACUUCCCUUACAACCAUCUAUUGAGAAAAAAUGACGACAGCUAUGAAGAUUGUGAAACUGACUCACCUGAAUGGAUUCAUAAACGUUGCCAGAAUUAUAAGAAUGAAAAUGAUGUUGAAACGAGUAAAAACGAAAUUACACAAAGUAAUCAAAAGGGUAGGAAUAUUUACCAAUGGAAAAACAGUAAAAAAGAACAUAAUGAAAAUUACGUUAAAGAAACAAAAGUCAAAUUAAAAAAUGUAAAUCUCGUGCAUAUGCAAAAUGAAAAAACUAUUUUAAAUAUAUUUUGCCGUGAAAAUAAAAAUAUCUCAAGUGCAGACAUAUGCAACCAAAUGGAUGAACAUCAUUCCAUAAUAAAUUCAUAUAGCAGUGACACAUUUGAUGUUAUGCCACGAGAAGAAGAACAAAAAAUUAAUGCAUUAUUUACACAGCAAAAGCAGGGAAACAAAUUGUGUUUAAAACUGUUACAACAAAAGAAUACACUAAUAAGAAGAGACACGGACUCAGGGGAAGAUUUGAUAGACAUUAAUGAUUCUGAGAAGUACAGUAAUAAUUACGAAAACAAUACAUCACGCGAUUCGGAUUUUUUUAAAAAUGAACAUAAUUGUGAUAUUGGUUGUGUUUCCCAAGAAACGAUUGGGUGGAAAAAUAAAAAAAUGUCCCCCAAAUUGGAUUAUUACUAUGAUAUAAAUUCCACUACUCAAGGUAUUAAUAGUGCAAGAAUUCUGAAUUAUUGUGGCAGUGGUAGCUCCAGAGCAAAAGGGUUAGAAGCGUUUGCUGCGGGUGAAGAGACAGAAGAGGUAGAUAAGUUUACCUCCGGUGAAGAGAUAGAAGAAGUAGAAAAGUUUACUCCUGGUGAAGAGAUAGAAGAUUUUUCCACGAGUAAAAAGAGUGUAGAAGAAUAUGCAAUGGAUGAAAGACUAGAAUCGUAUAAGGGUGGAUGUUUAAAUGUGUGGGAUCCACUAGAAUCAUUAUGUGUGCAGCACUUUCAUGACGGAGGUGAGAGAAAAGAAGAAAAGGAAGCAAACAAUUACGAAAAUACUGAAGAGAUAAAUGCAGAAGAGGGAAGAAGCAGCCCAAGUAUAUUUUCCAAAACGUCCAAUACAGAUUCUGGUACACAUAACAACAAUGAUGUUAUGCAUGCAGAACAUUGCUACGACACAGAUUCAAUGAAUCGAAGUAACGAUGAUUUGAACAUGCUAAAGGAAACGGGAAAUAUACAGAUUUUCAUUAUUUUAUGUGAUAAUUUACAAGAAACAUUGUUAAACCAUUUUAGUAGAGAUAUACAAAUGAAAUGCCUAGAAAUAUUUUAUAAGUUUUGUAGUGUUGAUAAAAGAAUUGUGAACAUUAUUUUAUCCAAUACGUCACUAAUAGAAUGGGUAUUCGAUUUCUUAUCAAAUACAAAACAUGAAUGUUUAAGGGAAAAGGCAUUAAAAUUUUUAGUUAUUUUUUUUAUUCACAAUUCUCUUUUUUCUCAUACUCAUGCACAUUACAUGAUCGAUGUCUUAAUUGAUAUAAUUUUAAAAUAUGUAAAUAAAAGUAAUAAUUCAUAUAAUCAGAUUAGUAAUGAUUAUUCCAACUUUUUUCACUUUUUAAAAGCUCUAAAUAUGCUGAUAGAUAUAUCCCAUGCAUCUUUAAAAAUAUUUCAUGUUUUUAAAAUCAUCAAUACAAUAACCUUCAUAGUGGUAUCACCUAAUGCAGUUCCUACAAAAGUUAAAGACAUUGUUUCUUUCUUUGAAAAUUUUAUAUUUGAAAAAGAUGAAGGUGCGAAGGAGGAGCAAUAUGUAUCAAUGAAACAAUGUGAAGCGGCUGAAAAUGAUACUAAUAAAAUGUAUACUUUUCAUGAUAACGCAAUAUCAUUGGGUAUUCAUUUAAAAAAAAAACCUUACAUGUCUGAUAGAUUGAAUAAACAGAAAAGUAAGACAACGGAUGGAAUCAUUGAUGAAGGUGAACACCAGAAUCCCUCCCUUGGGGACACAUGCAUUAGGGAAAAAAAUAAUGUAAACGAAAAUUUUCGAAAAAAAUUAGAUGAAGAAAGACCAUGUGAUGAUUUUCUUCUCUGUAAAAAUGGGAGAAACGAAAACAGACAUACAAACGAUAUAAUGGAAAAGGUUUAUAUAACCAAUAUUUCAGCUCUUUUUAAAGUAUUAAAAACAUGCUCAAAAAUGAUUAAAAUGGUAAAUGCAAAUAAGGAAGAUGUAUACGUAGAACUCAUUUUUAAUGAGAAAAAUGAUUAUUUAUGGGAAAUAUCUGUGGUAGUUAUGAAAUUACUAUAUUCUCUAAUUUAUAUUUUAAAUAAAAAUGAAAGGAUUUUAAAUAAUCUUAAAAUUAUAGACGAACAGGAAAAUACAGAAAAUGGAAAUGAGUUGCAAAUCCUAACAUUUGUAAAACUAGUUCUUUAUUUAUUUAUUGAUCUACAUUCUUUUUUUAGAAAAAUUAUGAAAGAGAAUAAUAAUCCUUUCAAAAGUGACACUAUAUAUUUUAUCAAAUUCUUGUACCUUUCUUGUAUAUUUAUCUUUGAAAAUAUAUGUAGAAAAAAAAAGCUUUUUCGAAAUAUAAGCACCAGUCUAUUUUUUUCUUCCUUCUUUACUCCCUUCUUUCAUUUAUUUUCGAAUGUUCUAAGUAAUCUGGAUGACCUUUUGUCUAGAAAUUUGCAAAGAUCAACAGCUGAAUCGACGUACACAAGUGGAAAAAGUAUAGAUGAUGUAGAUGUCAAUGAAAAGGAUGAAACCAUAUUGGAUGAAGAAGGCAAAUCAAUUGUGAUAAACUUUGAAAUGUACCAAAAUAAAAUGAGAAAGGUCUUAAUAAAAAGUAAGCCGUUCACCCUAUUCUUUCAGUAUGUAUCUAGCAAAAAUUAUGACGCCGAAUGCUACAGAAUUCUGCACUUACUAAUCCAUGAAGAAGAUGGAAUGUUAAAGGAAAGAGAAAAUAUGAAAGAGAUUUUGAUCGAAAUAAUAAAUAAACACGACUUUUAUUUUACCAAAGUUUUACUCUUUAACUUUAAUGACAAGGAAGGGGUAAUAGAAACGGUGAUAUAUAUUUUUUACCUGUGUCUAAUUUAUGAUAAAAAAUUUAUUGAAAAGAAAUUAAAUGUCAGUAGGGAGGAUAAUUAUGUGGAAAACCUUUUUUCUUUUAACGAUUAUGAUAUUAAUAUGAAUCCACUCUUUUUAUUUAUGUCUUUAUCCUAUUCUUAUUAUUUUAUAACCAAAGGGAAAAUUGCAUCAGUUUUUAAGUGCAUCAAAAAAGAGAUGCACAAAAUAAAUUUGCAUUUAUGGAUAAAUAUAAAAAAAAUUAAAAAUAUAUACUUCGUUCUUGACUGUAUCUUUUCCUUGAAAAUUAGUAACAGUACAUAUAGCAACUACUUUUCCUUCAUCAUGCAUGUAAUCAAAUUGGAGUUAUCUUUGUACACUUCUAACCAGCCUGAGCAAGUGGAUAACAGGCUCUACUUAUCUAUUUCAAAAAAUGAGGAUUUAGUACAGAAAAUUUUUGAAAACGUCGAAAUGAACAAUAUCCAAAAUAAUCAUGCAAUAUAUGUUUAUUAUUUAAUAGUUAAACUGAGAAAAUAUUCUUCAGAUCAUUACAAAACUAUGAGUUUAUACAAAAUUAUGAACGCCGUUAUUAAACAUAUGCACACAAUUGUAAAAGCAGAAGACGAAAUUAAUGAUAUAUUUUCUUUUUUUUUUAUAUUUUUUGAAAAUCUAGAAGUAUAUACGCAGACAGAUAUUUUUAAUAUAAUUACAGUGUUACAGAAAUUAACACAUUAUAUUAAAACUUCCUUAACAAUAUUUUUUAACAAAAAUGCAAAUGUAAAGGAGAACAUUGAUGAGAUACUUGAUGUUCAUUUAAAAUUUGAAAAUUCUUUUUUUUAUUUUAUUAUAAAUUUAAUUUUAUUUUGUAGAAAAUAUAAACAAAUACAAAAUAUAAAGGUGCUAUCCUCCUCUAUAGCUUUAAUACAAAUGUUGUUAUAUUGCAUACAAUUUUGCAAUUAUUAUUUUAUGAGUUUAUCUUUUUUAAUAUUAUCUUUACUCAUUUUACCCUUACCUGAUAUACCACAAAAAAGUUCCCCAUUACUAAUGAAAGUGUCAACAUCAUUUGAUAAAUAUACUGACGAAAUAAUACCACCCAAUAAUAAAUUUCCUACAUUAACAGAAUGUGAUACUAAUCGAGAAAAAUAUGUUAUUAGACGUAGUUUGUUUUACCCUUUGGUCAACAGUACAAAUAUGAAUCUUAGAAUUUCUUCUUUAUCUCUCCUACUAAGUUUGCUUCUAACAAAUGACGUUGUAUUACUAGAGGACGAGACCCUAGACUUUUUUAUCAUCCUUAUAAAUAGUUCCUAUUUAAAUGAGUGGAACGAAACUGUGAACAAUUUACUAUUCGCAAUACUUAACGUCCUACUACUUUCAUCGAUUUUGAAUUUACAAACAAAGUCAUUUUGCUUUAACUCCAUUUAUUCAUUCCGACCGUUUUUUUUAAGAUUCAUAUUACGGUUAAAUAGGGAUCAGAAAUUUCUCAUUCACAAGUUAUUUUUUCUACUCAUAGUUAUCAAAAUAAAGCCACUGUGGUUCGACCUGAAGCUGUACAGUGAAAAGAUUUUGAAGAUCAUACUGAAUAUUGUAACAAAAAAGGACCUCGACCUCGCGACAUUUCAUUGCAUAUCCUCCCUUGCAUACGAAGCAUUCCUUAUAAAUAGAGAUGGAACAAUGGGCUCAUACGAAACCGCUAAUAAAAAUGUUAUUGACAAUUUGGAAGAUUACUUAGAAACAUAUAAAAAAAAUAUAAAAGACAACGAUAAGGAUAUUCACUACAUGUCAUCUUUCAGCAAAUUUAAAUGUAAACAUAUUGAUGAGGAUGUAGUUUUGGCUAUUUUAAAUGCGACAAGAUUGUUAUUGUAUAGAUAA